GGCUGCCCGAGUAUGAAAUGAAUAUAGCAUCAGAAUGAAGCCAGCUGCUAAAUUUAUGUCUUGGGAGCGGAGAAACAUCUUCAGUAUUAGACUGCGGAGACACUUGCCGGGUGCCUCUUUUGCUGCCGUCCCGCUUGGGCUGUCUGAUCAUGUCUCACCGCAAGUUUUCGGCUCCCAGGCAUGGCCACCUGGGCUUCCUUCCUCACAAGAGGAGCCGCCGUCACCGCGGGAAGGUGAAGACCUGGCCCAAGGAUGAUCCCAAGAAACCAGUCCACCUGACUGCCUUCCUAGGCUACAAGGCUGGCAUGACUCACAUCCUGCGAGAAAUCCACAGGCCGGGACUAAAGGUCUCCAAGAGGGAGGAGGUAGAAGCCGUCACCAUAAUAGAGACGCCGCCCUUGGUGGUUGUCGGCGUGGUGGCUUACAUCGAGACGCCCAGGGGCCUGAGGAAUUUCAAGACGAUCUUUGCUGAACACAUCAGUGACGAAUGUCGGAGACGUUUCUACAAGAACUGGCACAAGAGCAAGAAGAAGGCAUUCACGAAGUAUUGUAAAAAAUGGCAGGAGGAGGCUGGGAAGAAGCAGCUGGAGAAAGAUUUUGCGGCCAUGAAGAGAUACAGCAAGACCAUCCGGGUCAUGGUCCACACCCAGACGAAGCUCCUGCCGCUGCGUCAAAAGAAGGCCCACCUGAUGGAGAUCCAGCUGAACGGGGGCACCAUUGCCGACAAGGUGGAUUGGGCCCGCGAGAAGCUGGAGAAGCAGAUUGCCGUGCACACGGUCUUCAGCCAGAAUGAGAUGAUCGACAUCAUCGGAGUCUCGAAAGGGCACGGGAUGAAAGGAGUGACAAGCCGUUGGCACGCCAAAAAACUCCCGAGGAAAACCCACAAAGGGCUGCGCAAAGUGGCUUGCAUUGGAGCCUGGCACCCGGCCCGGGUGGGCUACUCCAUUGCCCGGGCUGGCCAGAAGGGCUACCACCACCGCACAGAACUCAACAAGAAGAUUUACCGCAUUGGCCGCGGGGUGCACGUGGAAGACGAUAAAGUCGUGAGGAACAAUGCGUCCACCAAUUACGACAUCACUGAGAAAACCAUCACCCCCCUGGGUGGAUUUCCUCAGUAUGGAGAAGUCAACAAUGAUUUUGUGAUGGUGAAGGGCUGCGUGGUGGGCACCAAGAAGCGAGUGCUCACCCUCAGGAAGUCCCUUUUGGUGCACACAAGCCGGCGGGCCCUGGAGUCCGUGGAGCUGAAAUUCAUCGACACGACGUCCAAGUUUGGCCACGGCCGCUUCCAGACGGCCCAAGAGAAACGUGCUUUCAUGGGCCCGCAAAAGAAGCACCUGUUGAAAGGGAAGCCGGCACCUCAGGAGGAAUUGUAAAACAUCGGUCUUAAGAUGAUGCUUUGGCGUUCAGGUUGUCGCUGCUAGGGGCAGUUCCAAACGUUAAUAUACUGAAACUAACCCA